CUUCCCCCCACAGUUCUAUUAUAUCUCAAGGAGCGAGGACCCCGGGCCCCUGCGCUAUGACAUAAUGACCCCUCAUCCAUGCCACUUUGCUCUGGGGGUGAUUUUUUUCCUCCUCCCCAUCACAGGUGCCACGAGGAAAACAUUCGUGAGAGGUCAGAAUAUUACGGCCACAGUCGGCAGCACCGUCACCCUGGGGUGUCAUCUCCUCAUACAGGACACCAAAGUCAUUCAGGUCAACUGGAACUUCUGCAAUGACGUUCACAUCGCGUUUCAUGUCAAUCAGCCGGACACAGAAGGAAUGGUGUUGGCGGAGUUCUCCCACCGCGUCUCCCUAGCAAAGGAUUAUGGGAUCAGCGUCUCAGGGGUCAACAGGAACGACAGUGGACAUUACUGCUGCGUCUACAACACCUUCCCACAAGGCAGCUUCACCGGGACGACCUACCUGCAGGUCGUGUCUGAGGACACUUGGACACCUGGGUAUUACUUGUGGAUCGGCUGUGGACUCGGGGGACUUCUUGUCAUCGUUGUUAUAGGCGCGGGGAGUUUCUAUUACAAGAAGAAGAAAUCUGGGGCGCCUUACUCCAAUGUCAACCUAUCAGGAGCAAAACCCUCAGGCUCAAACACACAGAAUCCAGCCGCGGUCACAGCGGCAAGUGACAUAGAAGAGGAUGAGGCCAAUGAAUACUUCAAUGUCAUCCUGUACGGCAUGUGAGCCGCUGGUACUGUCUCCUCAGCGUCAGGAGGCUGCACAUGUGCAACAUAUGUUAAAUAAAGAAUAUUAUUAUUAUUAGUCAUAAA